AUGGAGGUGAAGGUGGUGAGGUCCAAGCUCGUGAGGCCGUCCUACUCGGAGGGGGCCCCGCGGCCGGACACCACCGAGCACGUUCCCUCGUCGGUGUUCGACAAGGUCACGUACCAGAUACAGAUGGCCAUCAUCUACGCCUUCUCGCCGCCGGGACCCUCCACCGCUGAUAUCGAGCGCGGCCUUGCUGCGGUGCUGGGCGUGUAUCGGCCAUUCGCUGGCCAGGCCCACCCGGGCCCGGACGGCGCGCCCGGCGUGCUGCUCAACGACCACGGGGCGCGGCUCAUCGAGGCGUCCGUGGACGCGCACCUCGCCGACAUCGCGCCGGCGAAGCCGUCACCCGUCGUGCUGCAGCUGCACCCGGGCCUCGAGGACGAGAUCGAGGAGGUGGCGCAGGUGCAUUGGAUGUCCAUUGUGCCAUCGAAGCUUUUUCAGAUGGAAAAUAAUUCCAUUAACUAA